AUGGACUUUGAAAAAAUGCCGAGGAAGCUGUGGGAGCAUCCGGAUCCCAAAAGCACAGCCAUGUGGAAGUUUAUGCAAGCGGCAAACACCAAGUACGCCCUUGACCUGCAGGACUUCCACGCGCUGUACAAAUGGUCCUGCUCAUGCCGCAAUCAAUUCUGGUCCCUGGUGUGGGACACCGUCCCGCUGAUCUACGAGGGCUCCUAUGCGCAACCCGUUGACGAGUCCGUCCCCAUCUCCCAUCUACCUCGGUGGUUCGAGGGCGUUCGCUUGAACUGGACCGAGAACUUCCUGUGGAGCCCGUCUGCCACCGACGGCCCCGGAACGCGCACGCAGUUGAACAAGGAAGACGCCAAGGUCGCCUUGACCGAGGUGAGAGAGGGGAACACCGAGGUCAGACACCUGACCUGGGGCGAAUUGAGAGCAAGAGUGGCCGAGUUGGCAACGGCCCUCAAGGAGAGAGGGGUUGAGAAAGGCGACAGGGUCGUCCUCGUUGGUGCGCAUUCGGCAUCGACAUUGGUCGUAUUCCUGGCCGCUGCUUGGCUGGGAGCUCUGUUCAGCAGCAGUUCCACCGACAUGGGAGUCGGGGGAUUGCUGCAAAGAACGGUGCAAAUCGAUCCAAAGUUUGUUUUCUUCGAUGACGCCGCUCUUUACAACGGUAAAACCGUUGAUCUUCGCCACAAGAUACGAGGCGUCGUCGAGGGCCUCGCAGCCUGUCCAUCCUUCAGCAAGGCCAUCAUCAUCACGCGGUUCAGAGAACCAUACGAUACGGGCGCCAUCCCAAAGACGGAGCGCCUGCAAGACUUUGUCCUCUCCAAGGGCAACAAGCAACCGCCUCCCAUGGUCCGAGUCGACUUUCAGGACCCCGCGAUGGUCUUCUACUCUUCCGGCACGACGGGCAUUCCCAAGGCCAUUGUUCACGCCGUCGGACCUCUUCUGAUCAGUGUCGGAAAGGAAAGCCUCUUGCACGGCUGCGUCACGCCAGCCGACGUCAGUCUUCAGUUCACCACCACCGGUUGGGUCAUGUAUCUCGCCAGCGUGUGCCACCUCAUACUGGGGGCCAGGGCGGUGCUGUACGACGGAUCGCCCUUCAUCCCCGACGCCACAGCCUUGCUAAAGAUUUCAGAGCAGCAGCGAGUCACAAGCUUGGGCAUAAGCCCUCGGUGGAUGGCGGAGCUGAUGGCGAGGAACAUUGCGCCGAAGAAGGUGGCUGACUUGACCAGGUUGAGAAAGGUUGUCAGCACGGGCAUGGUGCUUCCCGAGCAAGCGUUUGAGUGGUUCUACGAUGUUGCCUUUCCCGCUCAUGUACAGCUUGCCAAUAUCUCUGGCGGCACGGAUAUAGCUGACGAGGCUCGCUUAAAACAUGCCGGCUGUUUCAUGCUCGAAAAUCCGUUGCUCCCGGUCCACGCGGGCGGCUGCGUCGCACCGUCUCUCGGCGUCCCCAUUGCCGCCUACGACCACGACCUCCCGGACGGCAGCCGAGGCGAGCCCCUUCCUCCCGGCCAGCCAGGCGACCUCGUGGCAACAGCCGCGUUCCCCAACGUGCCCGUCCUCUUGUGGAACGACGACCUCCCCGCCCCCGGGAAGAAGUAUCGCGGCGCCUACUUUGACCGCUUCAGGGACGUCUGGGCACACGGCGACUUUUUCGUCACCCACCCCAAGACCGGCGGUCUGUAUCUGCUCGGCCGGUCAGACGGCGUCCUCAACCCGAGCGGCAUCCGGUUCGGGAGCUCCGACAUCUACGCCGUCAUGGAGAGGUGCUUCCCCGCACAGGUGGCGGAGAGCUUGUGCGUCGGCCAGCGCCGGCCGAAGGACUUGGACGAGCGCGUGGUGCUCUUCCUGGUCAUGAAGCCCGGCAGCAGGCUGGACAAGGCCAUGGCGAACAAGGUCAAGGACACGAUUGCCAGGGAGCUGACGAAAAGACACGUCCCCAGAUACGUGUUUGAGAUUGCCGAGAUUCCCGUCACGGUGAAUGGGAAAAAGGUCGAGCUGCCGGUCAAGAGCAUCAUUUCGGGCAAGACAGUGAAGCCAAGCGGAACGUUGCUGAACCCGGAGUGUCUGGAGGCAUUUUACAAGUUCCAGAAGAUGGAGGAGCUGGAGGAGCCGCAGGCCAGGCUGUAG